GAAGCCAUAUAAACAAACAUGCUGGACUGGAAGACAUAACAACAAGUAGAAGAAGACAUGACGACCCAGCAAGCCAAGCCUCUGUCUUCCUUCUGCGCUCCUCCUCGUGAUGCACUCUGACUCUCUCUUUCUCUGCCUCUCCUCCUCGCCAAAUUUAAUGGGCCCAUGCCCCCAUCUAUCUUCCAUUCAAAUAUCAAACUAAAUUACCAUUUUAGUCGGUCGUCGACUCACCCACUCCUUUUGACUCUCUCAAUUUCCCCGGCUUCCCCUCAUUCGCAUAUCAAAAGCUUAGUAUUUUUUUAAAAAAAAAAAUUGCUCCUUGUGGGAAUCAGGAUAAAUGAAGUGUUUUCAUUUCACGAACGGGGAAAGAAGAGAAGAUGAAGACGUCGUCGUUUCGAAGGUAUCCAGAGUAUCCUGGGCAAGGUCCUUUAGUGUGGCGUCCAGCAGUCUGGAUGCAAGGCGGUCCGACCUUGACUCGGACAGCUACUGCUACUCCUCCAGAGACUUGUCUGAAUCAGUCGGGUUCUUCGAGUUACUGAGUCAAAGAAGAGCUAAUGAUCUGCGAGUCUUCAGUUUCUCCGAGCUCAAAUCUGCUACUAGAGGGUUUAGUAGAGGUUUGCUGAUUGGUGAGGGAGGCUUUGGUUGCGUUUAUAGAGGCGUCGUUAAAGUUCCGGAUGAUCAUGACUCUAAUUCCAAGAUGGAUGUUGCUAUAAAGCAGUUGAAUCGUCACGGUUUCCAGGGGCAUAAGGAAUGGAUUAAUGAGGUGAGCUUUUUAGGUGUGGUUAAGCAUCCAAAUCUUGUUAAAUUAGUGGGGUAUUCUGCUGAAGAUGAUGAACGAGGGAUUCAAAGGCUUUUGGUUUAUGAGCUUAUGCGUAAUAAAAGCUUGGAAGACCAUUUAUUGGCGAAGGUACUACCCGUACCUCUUCCGUGGAUGACAAGAUUAAAAAUUGCUCAAGAUGCAGCUCGCGGAUUGGCUUAUCUUCAUGAAGAAAUGGACUUUCAGCUAAUAUUCCGAGAUUUUAAAGCAUCAAACGUUCUACUAGACGAGGACUUCAAUGCAAAGCUUUCAGACUUCGGACUGGCUAGGCUGGGACCUCCUGAAGGACUCGGACAUGUUUCAACAUCAGUUGUGGGCACAGUGGGUUACGCAGCUCCAGAGUAUGUUCAGACUGGCAGGCUUACUGCAAAGAGUGAUGUAUGGAGCUUUGGGGUGGUUAUGUAUGAGCUUAUAACUGGAAGGCGUGCAGUAGAGAGAAACCUGCCUCGGGGUGAGCAAAAGCUCUUGGAAUGGGUAAAACCAUUUGUAUCAGAUUCGAAGAAGCUCCACCUUAUCUUAGACCCACGACUUGAAGGGCAAUAUUGCAUCAAAUCAGCCCAGAAACUAUCAGCCUUGGCAAACAAGUGUGUAGCAAAGCAGCCCAAGUCCCGCCCUAAAAUGAGCGAGGUAGUAGAGAUGCUGGGAAACAUCAUCGGUGAAAUUUCAUCUCAGGAUGAAGAUGCCCCGGAACCUGCCUCCGAAAUUGAAGAAGUUAAGGAAGAGGCCACAGGGGAGACCGAGGCCGAGUCUAACAAACAGGGUAACAGUAAUCGGAAGAAGGUUUUUGACAUAAGAGAAAUGGUCAACUUGAGAAAUAGAUCCAUUGGGAAAUUAGAUUGGAGAAACUGGACGCCAGGGUUGGUUAGAACUACAUGAUGAGCCCUUAGCUUUUACCAGUAAAUAGAAAUGCACACAUCCUUGCUCCCCUGGGGAAUACAUGCAAUUCGAACACUCGGUAGGGCAAUCAUCAUCAUUUUAUUUGCAAGAUGGCUGUAAAUAUAGGUUUGUUGUGCGCCUUCACAGCUGUGAGACAUGCAUGUAUUUUUGGAAGGCACAAAUUCACAUCUCCUCAGUAGCAUGUAAUUUUGCCCAAGGGUUGGCUUAAAGGAUAGUUUUGAAAUUGCAAGGGGUUGUGCUGAGCUGUUUUCAGUUCAUGGUCAAAAUGGUACCCAUAGUCUGCUAUCAUAUAUUAAAGCUUUUCGAAUCGAAAGUUGCAAAUCA